AUGGCUGGCGACGACCACGGGCUAUGGCUCAAAUUGGCCAUGAUCAUGUUCCUCACUUGGUCGCUUCUCUUUUACGGUGUGCGGCUAUGGGGGAGACUGCGUGUCAAGACGGCCGCCUCGGACGACGUGGUUGUAACGUGCGCUCUCGCGAUAUCCUUCGUUGGUCAGGGCAUCAUGUACACUGCCGUCCACAAGGGCUACGGCAAGCGAAGCGAGAGCCUGUCAACAGACGCUCUGCACAGUAUUCACAAGUACAUUUACGCUGCGCACUAUAUCUAUGUUAUCUCUGUUGGAACCACGAGGGUCGCAUCCGCCUUGAGUAUUGAGCACAUAGCCCAGCAAGGACCUUAUACACGACGAGCAAGAGCGAUGGCAUGGUUGUCGGGCGCAUGGACUUUUACGUCUCUACUUGUAGUCGCUAUCCGACCGCCUUACAUGAGGCCAUGGCUGGCAGCUGACGGCCAAAGUACCAUGUUCUCGCGAUGGAUUGGUGUGGAAGCCACCGGGCUCGCUGUUGAAGUUGCGUUAUGGGCGCUCGCCAUUCAUCUCGUCAUGUCGCUACAGAUGCAGCAGAAUAGGCGCAUCUUUAUCAUCGCUGCAUUUGGCUUUCCUGCCAUUCUCACCGCCGGUGCCCUGCACUUCUCUAUCAUUGCCACUUCUGUCACAGCUCUCAAGCCUUUCCUCACCGUGUUCGACCAGCCCAAGUUUGGCUACGGCCGCAGCGCCGAGUCAGGCGACCCCUACUACAAGCUUGAGAUGUUCCGUCGCGUAAACCGCCAGCUAGACGUGGAGGACGACUCAGCCAACUGGCGACCCCAUCAAGGCUCGUCGGAGCGAUCCAUCUUGUCAGAGCCCGAUAAAGUCAUGACCCGCAAGCGAGGGGAUAGUGACGGAGACGACAGAAGCCGGCCGUAUCACGGAUCUGCGAACCGGCCGCCGCGCGCGAGGGAUCCAACCUUCGGCGACGUUACCUUUCUGCAGACGCAUACGUGGGAACGUCUGCUUAUCCAAAAGACGACAGAGUUCGUGGUUCGCUAUGAAGAGGACAAGUCAGUCGAGCGAUAG